CAAAGCCAACACAAAGCAAGUACAAAGUCAGCCUAGCUUGGAACUUCAUAACUAGUACUUGUUAGUAACUAUUAAUUGGUAUACCGUAACCAAAUGUCCAACACAAGCUCAUUCACUGGCGAUCAUAUCCCCAGCACCAUUGGUCAUCCCUUCGCACCAAAACUUGUAAAAGAUCCAACGGCUUACUUUGACGGAUAUUUCUGCACUAUCUUUCUGGACGAAGGUGUCUCAGUGGAGGAACUUCGGGUCAAAGAUUACCAGCUUGGUGGUCGACCUCCCUCGUAUCCGCCGAAACCAGAAUUUUGUGGCGUUUCCUUAGCCCCAGAGCAAUGUAGCCUGUUUGACAUCAAAGAGUGCCACUCCCCACUUUCGCAUCCGAACGACAUAGAAGAAGAGUCCCACCGCCCACCCCGACAUCCGAAUAGCCUCUGGUACGACGAUGGGAGCGUUGUCUUGAAAACCGAAGAUGAUUUCUUCCGUGUGCAUAGAUCUAUUCUCAGCCAAAAAUCUUCUGUUUUUGCAACCAUACUUCUUCCAAGUAAGGAUGAAAACACGGAAACCCAUGCAGGAUGCCCUGUGGUCGUACUGACCGAUGACGCUGAAGAGCUCCGGCAGCUCCUCCUCACGGUAUAUGAGACGUCGUACUUCGAGGACAACGCGCGAUAUUUCGUCUAUUUACGUGCCAUUCUUCGUCUCAGUACGAAAUAUGAGAUGGAACGAUUGCGUGACUUGGCACUACAGCGACUGAAACGCGGCGUUCCGACGACGCUUACAUCUUUCGAUGAUCCUGAAUAUCAGGAUGACCGCGCAACCGCACAAAAAAAUGUCCUUGCGGUCAUCAACAUCGCCCGGGAGACCAACUGCUUGGAACUGCUUCCUUGCGCCUAUUACUACUGCACCCGCUUACCGACAAGUACAAUGUUCGAGGGUAAAGGUGGGGUCGUCCUAGCCUCACCAGACAUAACCGCUUGCGUCAUCGGAAGAGACCGACUUCUAAAUAUGCAACGCCAGACAACUCACUCGUUUUUGUACACGCUUCCAAAACUUGCUGUUGGGUUUGGUUGCAAGGGUUGUGAAGUCAAGGAGUGUGACAGGUUGUUGUUGGAUUAUUUGCAGCGCCAGGAUCUUACGAGGCCGUGCACGUUCGAACGAUUCACUGAUUGGAAGAAAAUAGGAAUGUGUAAAAGCUGUACUCCCUUACACCAAUACACGAAGUCCCGACAAGACGCAUGGGCGCAACUUCCUAGGAUUUUUGGAUUGGAAAGCUGGGAGAGGAUCGUCGCAUAAAUUGAUUCAUGGGUGCAGUACGUUUCCGCGAAGAGACAGAAAAGGUACUCCUAUGAAAGUUUUACUAGGCUACUAUAUUAGAGUAUGUCAUCACAUAUGUUGUUUGCCCCAUGCAUGUGCAUCAUGUGAUAGAAUUUUCUGACGUCCUCAAACUUGUUUGACUGCAAAUGUCAC